AUGUCUAAUCCCCUAGACACCGAUGCCGGCUCGGAGUUGUUCAGCAGCUAUGAGACCGAGCUGAAGCUAGUACAGGCCGACCUGAACCAGAAGCUGGACCAGAUCGCAGAGGCGAGCGGGGAGCAAAGGAAGACAGCCAUCCGGCAAGCCGAGAGGUCCGCGGAGGAAGCCCAGGAACUGGUGGACCAAAUGCGGAUGGAGAAGGGGAACAUUCCCUCGGCGGCGCGAUCAAAAGUCAACAUUCGCUUCCGUAACUAUCUUAGCGACCUUGACGAGUCUAAACGCAAGCUCAAAUCCCUAGCCGACGACCGCAAGGCGCUCUUCGGUGAUCGCUACACGGACGAUCCGCAGGACGAACACCUGGAACAGAGACAGCAGCUUCUAUCCGGUACGGAGCGGCUGGAGCGUAGCUCCUCCCGGUUGCAGGAGAGUCAACGGAUUGCGCUCGAGACCGAGGAUAUCGGCCGGAACACGUUGGCUGAUUUGGCUGUCCAGCGGGGGACUAUUGAGCAUGCUCGUGCGGGGCUGCAUCAGAGCGAGGGCUAUGUCGAUACUAGUAUCAAGACACUGAGGGGAAUGGCCCGUAGGUAA